GGGGUAUAUGAGCCAUGGAGCUCUGUACAUAAUUUCACUCUUAUUGGAUACAGUGGGAGAGAAAUUAUUUAAAGGAAGAACAAACGAGAAGUAAAGGAAAAUAUAAGCAGAGUCCCUGCUGCUCCUCUUUCCCUUCUGCUUUGUCCACACGAGGCAAGCAUAGUUUUGGGACCCAGGAUGAGAAAGAUGGAGGGCUGGACUUUGAUUAUGAGCCUCUUAUGUACUACACUUGCUAUUCCACUACCCCAACAUCCUGGUUUUAUCAAUUUCAGCUAUGAGGUAAUGACACCUUUGAAAUGGUACCAGGGUGUAAUGGGACACCAGUAUCCACGUUAUGGUUACGAGCCAAUGGGAGGAUGGAUGCACCACAGUCCAGGGUCAAUGAUGCACCAAGCUCCCUUUCAAACUCUCCAUCCAAUGCCACCACCUCUCCACCAGGUGCAGCAACAGCCUCCUCUGAACCCACACAUGCAGCUACCUGGGCAUAACACACUUGUGCCAAUGACUGGGCAGAGUACAUUAACGCCACAGUAUCAACCAGCUCAUGCAGGUCCAGUUCACCAGCCAUUUCCACCAGUUGCAGGAGAGGCACCGAUGCAACCUCAACUACCAGCACAUCCAAAUCAGCCAAUGCACCCUCAGCUACCAGCACAUCCAAAUCAGCCAAUGUUCCCAAUGCAGCCACUGCCUCCACUGAUGCCAGAUACACCUCUUGAAUCAUGGCCAGUACCCGAUAAGACCAAGCAAGAAGAAGUGGAUUAAAAGAGCCAGAACACAAUGAGAAGAAGCAUCCAGACACAACCCCUUGCUUCUGAGGACCCAUUGUUAUUUCAGUCAGCAAUACAUACGUCUAUUAACCCAAGUUCUUAGUGAAUGCUGUAGCUAGAAAGGAAACAAUGUAGCAUAUAAUUAAA